GUUGUUGUUGUAAGUGGAGUGGAAAUUACUUUGUCGCUGGUGGUCCGGUUUGGGAUUGUACGCUCACUUCCACCCAAGAAGAUGCCCUAAAGUUGAUAAUUGUUUACUUUUGGAAGCACACGUGUCACCGACGAGUGUGAACUCGAGUAGUGGAACUAGAUCGGGGGAGGAUGAAAACGUCGCUGAAGGUGCAGCUGUAAGCGACCUUCCUUUGCUCCCCGGGUCACCCGCCACCUCCCGCUGGACUUCUCCUCCUGAUUUUCCUCCUCCUUUUUUAUAUUUCUCUCGCCGGACGCCCACCACACACGUCUGAAUUCAUGAUCACAUGACUGUGGACAUGGACACGGUCCUGACCCGCUUUGUCCAGUCCACGGGAGCAGAACCAGGACUGGCGAGAGACCUGCUGGCAGGCAAGAAUUGGGACUUGAAGGCGGCGCUCAGUGACUUUGAGCAGCUGCGGCAGGUGCAGGCCGAGGGCUUGAUGUACCCCUUCCCUGAGGACAGGACGUACCCGUCUCCUGAGAAGGAGAAGGCCAGACUAGGGCGGCCCGAACUCCAGCGCCAAGAUGAUGUGGCGCAAACUGCGGAAAAGUGUCAGCUGAGGGCCGCCUCCCACGCCAGCUCGCCGGCCACCUCCUUGGCCCGCACUCACACGGCCGGCAACGCCGAGCAGCUGCUAAACACGCCCGAGUUCACCUUCCAGCUGCCGGACCUCAGCAUGUACCAGGACGACUUCCGGGUCACCGAGAGAGACCUGAUUGAGAAGUCCAUGAUGGUGGCCCUGGAGCACGCAGGGCGGCUCAACUGGUGGACCAAGGUGGUUCCAAACUGUCAGAGUCUGCUACCCCUGACGACCACCGGAGACGGGAACUGCCUCUUACACGCCGCCUCUCUCGGUAUGUGGGGCUGUCACGACCGGGACCUGUCACUGCGCAAGGCGCUGCUGGAGCAGAUGUCGCACGGCGUGGAGCAGGAGGCCCUGAAGCGCCGCUGGAGGUGGCAGCUCACCCAGCAGAACAAAGAGUCCGGCCUGGUCUACAGUGAGGAGGAGUGGCAGAAAGAGUGGAAUGAGCUUCUGAAACUGGCCUCCAGCGAGCCCAGAGUCAACUACAGCAACAACGUCAACAGCAGGGGGGAGUCCUCAGACGAGCCCGUCUACGAGAGUUUAGAAGAGUUCCACGUGUUUGUCCUGGCGCAUGUCCUCAAAAGGCCCAUCGUGGUGGUGGCCGACACCAUGCUGAGGGACUCCGGAGGAGAGGCCUUUGCUCCCAUCCCAUUCGGAGGCAUCUACCUCCCUCUGGAAGUGGCAACUGCCAAGUGCCACCGCUCGCCGUUGGUCCUGGCCUACGACCAGGCGCACUUCUCCGCCCUGGUCCCCAUGGAGCAGAAGGACAGCUCCAAAGAGCAAGUGGUGAUCCCGCUCACCGACUCGGAGCACAAAAUGCUGCCUCUGCACUUUGCCGUGGAUCCCGGAAAGGACUGGGAGUGGGGCAAGGAUGACACAAACAACGUGAUGCUAGCGAGCGUGGCUCUCUCUUUGGAGGCAAAGCUCCAGAUGUUGCACAGCUACAUGACCGUCAACUGGCUGCCGCUGCCCUGUGAGCAGGCCCCGUUGGCCCAGCCCGAGUCCCCCACCGCAUCUGCAGGAGAGGACACCCGCACGCCUCCGGAGUCUGGCGAGUCGGACAAAGAGUCGGUCAGCAGCAGCUCCAACGGCAACGGAGACUGUGCCGCGGCAUCAGCGAUCAACGGUGGUGGGCCCUUGGCCAAGAACGACACCUCGGCGUCGCCCUCUGCCGGCGCAACGCCGACGGGACAUAAGGACAAAAGCAAAAAGGACAAGGAGAAGAAGAGGGCAGAGUCUGUUGCCAACAAACUGGGCAGCUUUGGCAAAAACCUGGGCAGCAAGCUGAGGCGGAACGUUGGCGGGCUCAUGACGGGGAAGAAUGCCGGCGGCGGACUUGCCAAGAAGGAGGGCGGAAUCAAGAAGAAGAGCUCGUUUCGGGGGGCAAAGGACAUGAAAGAUGACUCUCCUUCCCCCCACGUCUCUGAGGAUUCAGGGAAGGGCUCGCCGUCUUCGGGCAGCGAGCGCCUCAACGGGACGGGCAGCAGCAUGAGCAGCAGCGGUGGCAGCAGCACGGAGAGCGAGACCUACAAGUACAGCGCCGCCGUCAAGGUCAGCCUGGGCAUCCUGCGCGCCGCCAUGCAAGGCGAGAGGAAGUUUGUCUUCGCCGGCAUGCUCACCACGGACAACCAGCAUCCGCUCCGGGAGCAGAGGAUCCAGCGCUACCUCACCGAGGUGGAGGAGCGCUUCCGAGCUGAGCAGGAGCAGCGGCGUGAGGCGGAGCGCAAGGGCGUGGCCAUGCUGCCCCCAAAGAAAGAGCUGGUCAGUAGCGGUGAGCUGAGCUACCGGCCUUAUGAGGCCAAAGAGGAGCUCUCGGAGAACUCUUCACCAUCUUUGAGCCAACUCAAGACCUCCUUCCUGAGCCCGGCUGCGUACUCGGGCGUGAUGCCCAUCCCGCGACCCUCCAUCAUAGACCAGCCUCUUUGUUCCGCCCCUGUCACCCAGCACCUCCACACGCACCACCCCGAUACCCGGCGCCAGCUAGCAGGCGGCUUGCCCGCGUCCUCUUACAACAGCCUGCCCUCAUAUGUCACCCUCCCGCGGCACUGCCCCCCUUCCCAUCCCCUGUGCAAUAACUCGCAAGGCCCCACCCCCGUGUCACCGUUUGACCCGCCAGACUACGCCCGUGGCGAGCCCAGCGGCGGGAACUACACCAACGGCUUCCUGGAGCCCGGCGGCACCGUACCCACGGUCCGGCACUACUCACUAGGCAGCGCCGGUGGCUUGACGGGCCCGCAGUCCACCCACUGUCGGACCCCCACCUGCAACUACUAUGGACACCCCGAGACGGGCAACUACUGCUCCUACUGCUACCGGGAGAAGAAGGAGACAGAACCCGUUAUCCAGAGGUUCUGAAUGGAACCCGGACUUGUUGACAAGUGGCCUUUUUUUCGAGCAGGAUGCCGGUUUAGGGCAGACAUGGACCGGAGGAAGACCCCCCCCCCCCAUAGAACUGAAUGAGGUGGUCUCUGACUGCCUUUGACGGGAGAAUCAACUAACUGCACUUCUGUUACUUUUUUUUAUGCAGGUGUGUAUGUGCGUGCGUGUGUGCGUGUUUGUGGGAGAGAAACUCCCUCCUUAGCCUGGCUACUGUCACCUCCUAGUGGAGAGAAUGUAUAUGACAGGCGCCAGCACUCAUUCCCACCCAUACUUCCAUACUCCACACAUACUGUACAUUCAUACGCAGCACGUACAGUCAAACAGGGUCACCGCUCCUUUCUUUCCUUAUUUAUGCGCUAUAAUUUGAAGGGAUGUCACACAGACUUUUUGGUUUCUUUGACUACUGUCGCUCCUGACGCUUGUCCACGGGGGCACGCGAACCCUCAGCGGGCACUGGAAAGCACCGUGCAGAUCUCUCGACAAGGCGCCCCGCCAGCACUAAAUGCAAACGCACUGACUGGUAUGAUCUUUUCUGGCAAAUGAAAUACCCAAAGUGUACGUUUUAGUUGUUGUUGUUUCCUCGUAAAAUGAAGCAGCGGGUUGCAAAGUGUGGGGAGGGGAGGUACCAGAAAAUACGCUCCAGACACUUUGACCACCCCACCCCCACCUGCAUUAUAAACGUAAACCCCACCUGGUCCCGCUUGACCACAGUGUGCCCAACCCACGGCAUCGUAAAAGUCAAAUGAGUUGUGGGGUUGUUAGCUCUAACCCUAAACUUCAUCCCUCCCCCUACCCUAACCCUGAUCCCUAACUCUAAACUUAAUCCCCAACCCUGGUCCCUAACCCUAAACUAAUCACAAACCCUACCCUAACUCUAAACUUAAUCCCCAACCCUGGUCCCUAACCCUAAACUAAUCACAAACCCUACCCUAACCCUGAACUUAAUCCCCAACCCUGGUCCCUAACCCUAAACUAAUCACAAACCCUACCCUAACCCUGGACCCUAACCCUAAACUUAAUCCCCAACCCUGGUCCCUAACCCUAAACUAAUCACAAACCCUACCCUAACCCUGGACCCUAACCCAAAACUUAAUUCCCAACCCUGGUCCCUGACCCCUAACCCUAAACUUAAUCCCCAACCCUGGUGCCUAACCCUAAACUAAUCACAAACCCUACCCUAACCCUGACCCCUAACCCUAAACUUUAAUCCCCGACCCUGGUCCCUAACCCUAAACUAAUCACAAACCCUACCCUAACCCUGACCCCUAACCAUAAAUGUAAUCCCCCACCCUACCCUAACCCUGUUGUGGUUCACUCUGCGACUUGAGUCUUUCUUUUGUGUACCAAUGAGACGGGACGGGCAAAGGGUACUAAAACUAUGUUUCCACCAAAGCGUACAGUUCCGCUGAUGAGAACACCAACACAACGGUUAGUUUAUUUGUUCCCCAAUGAAGUAGACACACAAAACAAACGGUACAAGGUUUCCAUCGUAUUUACUACCAGUUGUCGGACAGCAAAAGCGUCUAGCUCCGCCCUCCACAGGCGUACCUAAGCGUACCACUGUGACUGGCGCCCCAGCGACAGGGAACUAAAAAGCAACCCGGGUCAGGUUGGACAUUUGGGUACCCUUUUACGACAGAAACAUGAUCAAAUGCCGCUCAGUGGAAAUGAGGCUCACCAAAGCACCGAUUUGCGUGUCCGCUCGUCUUGUUUGUCUCCGUUUACGCUCCGUACCCAAGUUAGGACCUCUACCCAGCCUCUCUGUUUCAUAGCCGGACUGCCCCCAAAGGUUCCGCCACGAGUUUCCCGUUUCUGCACAAUUCAAAGCACUUUCCCCGCGUCCGUCAGAAAAGGUCAAGGGCGGCGUCCUCAGUCCGUGUAGGUCACUGCCAUCAUCCGUUUUUCUGGUCACCUUCUGCCGCCCGUCGCUCCUCCCAAACAUCACAUCGCCCGCGGUUGCUAUGACGACCACUGCCUCCAAACUUCCUUUCAAAUACGUCAGUGAUGUGUUCUGUCUACCGUGUUUUAAUGCUAAUUCAGUGUUUUUUUAUAUGCUAUUUAAUCAUUUUGAUGAUGAAUUUAGACAUUUUAGGUGGCCUGGCUUCAGGAGUAAAAGCACAAGCUAGUACGCAGUUCACUGCCAUGCCCAGCGGGGGGCGCUGUUGACUUCCGCGUCGUCGUUUUCCCUCUUCCUAACUCAGCUGGUAACAAGAAUUUGUUGGCAAACCACAAACCAAAAUGACUCCAACUCAUUUUCCACCUCGCAAAACCAUUUUUGUGUUUUUUUUUUUUUGUAAGAAAAAAAAAAAGCAUUAGCAUUUGCUGUGUUUUUUUGUGUUGCUGCACUAGCGUUCAAUCUGACAUGUCGCUGAGGGGAACUUCAUGCCUGCGUUGUUGCUUUUUAUGUAUUUUACGUUGCGUACUCUAAGGUAAGAAUGAGCGGAGGCCAACGCCUCGCAAAAGAUUUCAUGAAGCUCCCUUUUGGUUUUUGUAUUUUAGCAAAAGAAAGGAUGUAAAAAAUAUGUUUCCCAGUUAUUUUUGUAAGCCCCAAAGUUUUCCAGAGUUUGUAAAUGGGGGUUAAAGAGAAUGUUUAUUGUUGGGGAUAAAGAACAUGCGGACGAGCUCAUCAUACACAGCUAAUGGCAUAGCAUUGAAAAAAUAAAAAUAUAUAUAUAUAUAUACAUAUACAUAUAUAUAUAUACAUAUACAUAUACAUAUACAUAUACAUAUAUAUAUAUAUAUAUAUAUAUAUAUAUAUAUAUAUAUAUGUAUGUAUAUAUAUAUAUAUAUAUAUAUAUAUAUAUAUAUGUAUAUUUAUAGAGAGAUCUCAUUUCAUAGGUUUCUUUGUGGACUUUAAGGUUUUGUUGCUUUUAUUGUUUGACCUUUUUGUUUUUUUACAGCCAGCCAAUCCGCGUGCUACGCUAAAGCAAUGUUUCCUCCAAGCUAACGUUCUAUUUUUAUACAAAACGUGUGGCAAACUCUGCAUGGGAUGAGAAGUGUUGCAUGAACACUAAACGGCAUUUCCGUCUCACCAGACGGGUGCAUUAUUUUCCAAACUGUCUCCACUGUCCUGUUUUUUUGUUUCUUCUGUUAUUUCCUCCUUUUAUUGUUUCCUUGAAAGAGGAAGAGCCCUGAGGCUGCGUGACCGUGCAAUCUGGACAGAAAGAAGAUCACAUGUUAAUGUUAUUAGGCUGUUAUUAUUGUAAUUAUUCCUUUUUUUUUGCACCGUUUGAAUAAAUUCUCAUUGUAUUUGAA